UGUCUAAGUGUCAGGGCUAGAUUCAACAUGAAGAAUAUCCAGCCGAAGUGUGGAUCAUGGCCUCAAUGGCUUGCAGCUGUUGAAAUUUUCUUGAUGGGAUUUGUGGCGGGUGUUGGAAGUGGUUGGACGUCUCCGUCUCUGGCAAUUCUCUUGAGCGAAGCCUCUCCAAUUCCAAUGACAGAAUCCGAGGGCUCAUGGAUUGCUUCUCUCCUGAAUAUCGGUAGAGCAGCAGGUGGUUUACUAGGUGCAAUCGACGUAGAGCUAUUCGGCAGCAAAACAUCGUGCCUUCACAUGGGAAUAAUGCAAUUAGUGGGUUUAGUUUGUCUCGGUGUAGCUGACUCAACGACUUGGCUGUACGCAGCAAGAUUCAUCGCUGGACUUGCCACAGGGAUGUUCUUCAUCGCUUUUCCACUCUACAUCGGUGAAAUAUCUAAUCCUAAAAUUCGAGGCAGUCUCGUUGGUACAAUCGCUAAUGGAAUGUCGAUUGGUUACGUUGUGGGUAAUUUGACCGGUGCUUACAUGUCGAUACCAGCAUUCGCUGCAUCAAUGUUAGCAGUUACUCUUCUAUUUCUUGUGACGUUCUAUUGGCUGCCCAAGUCAUCACAUCAUCUGGUGCUGAAGGAUCAAUUGGAAGAGGCAGCUGUUUCUAUCAAAUGGUAUCAAAGGGAUGCUGAUGUUCCAAAUGAAUUGGCAUCGCUUCAGAAGUUCGUCAAAGACAAGCGAUCCAUGACUUUUGGAAAUUUGGCAAAUGAAUUCAUGCAGUUACCUAAUAGAAUUGCAUUGUUCAAAGUCAUUAUGGUGUACGUUCUCAUGCAACUCAGUGGACUUUACACCGUGGGAUUCUACAUGGAGAUUAUUCUGAAGAAGGGUGGAGUAAUGGUGGUAGAUCCAGCGAUGGCUGUCAUCGUCAUCAGCACCAUUGGGCUAGCUGGUGGAUGGGUUGCGAUGUACGCUGUUGACAAAUAUGGGAGAAAGCUGGUGUUGACUGUCUCGGCAACUGGACUUGCUGUCGGUUUAAUCUGCAUUGCUGUUCAUUAUCAGCUUUUGGAGAUUGGUUGCGAUCCUGAGUAUCUCCAGUGGCUCAUUAUCUCUGCUGUCAUUGUCCUCGAGUUCUUCAUCAAUCUGGGAAUCAUACCCAUUCCCAGCACAAUUCUCAGCGAAAUUUUUGCCCCCAACAUCAAGAGCUACUGCUCUUGUCUCGCCAAUAUCACUUCUGGAUUCAUUGCAUUCUUGGUCACCCAGACCUAUCAGCUACUGAUUGACUCCAUUGAUUACUAUGUUUAUUAUAUUUACGCGGUUAUGAUGAUUCUUCUGGCUCUUUUCACCAUCACGCAGCUGCCCGAGACGAAGGGGAAGUCGCUCCAGGAGAUUCAGAACAUGAUGAUGAAGAAAUGAUGAAGAUCAAAUGACAAGCUGAAAUUUUUGUCCUGUGAUAUCGUGUGUUAAAAUAUAUCCAAUAGAUAUUGUAUCAACGCAUCGAAUGAACUGCAAUAAAAUACUCUUUUUGGAUAAAUUGUCAAUUUUUAAACGUCAGGUGAGCUUG